AUGUACCCUGUAGCAUGGGCUGUGGUUGAUAAAGAAACCAAGGACACAUGGUCAUGGUUUCUUAGGUGCAUCAGCCAUGAUUUGGAACUUGAAGAAAAUGGGGGUGAAGACUUGAUAGUAAUGUCUGAUAUGCAGAAGGGUCUUCAUUUGGCACUUACUAAUAGUCUGCCAAAUGCUGAACAUAGAUGGUGUGCUACACAUAUAUGGGCCAACAGGAAGCAAGUUUGGAGUGAUUUGCUCAAGUACAACAAAGAGGCAUGGUGUAGGGCCUUUUUUAAGGAACAUAGAAGGUGUGAUGCGGUUGAGAACAACAUGUGUGAGACUUUCAAUAGUUGGAUUUUAGCUGCUAGGUUCAAGAAAAUUAUCACUAUAUUGGAGGAAAUAAGAUGUAAAGUCAUGGAAAGAAUGAAUCAAAUGAGAGAUUUUUCUGAAAAAGGGAUCACUGAUGUAUCACCAAUGGCUAUGAAAGUUCUUGUAGAGAAUGAUGAAUAUGCAGCCAACUAUGAGGUAAGGUUUAAUGGUGAUAUGGGUUUUGAGAUUGGUGAUCCACUUUAUACAUAUGUUGUUAAUGUGAAGAGGAAGCAAUGUAGUUGUAGGUCAUGGCAACUAAAGGGAAUUCUUUUUGCAUAUGCAAUUGCUGCAAUGCAUUACAAGGGAUGGAAUGUAAAGUCAUUUGUUGAUCACUGGUAUCAAAGAGAAACAUACCUGAAGGCAUAUGAUAAGUAUAUUCAACCAAUGACAAAUAUUAACAUGUGGCCAAGAAGUACAAUACCACCAAUUGAGCCACCUAAGAUUACUCCCAUGCCAGGAAUGCCAGGUAAAAAUAGAAAGAAAGCUAAGGAUGAAGCUGUUAAGAAGAAGUUUGGAAAGGCUACAAGAAAUAGAAGAAGGAUGACAUGUUCUGUGUGCAAGUGUAUUGGACAUAACAAGAAAGGAUGUCCAACUUUGAAAAAAGAUUUCAGUAGUAGUUGUGGCAGUUAA